UGGCCAACUUGUGGUAAUAUUAAUAGACAAAAUAUUUUAAUCAGUAUUCAAAAUGAAAUGAAAGCUUGGAAUAAUUUACCGGUAAAUUUGAUUGAUAAGAUGAAAGAAAAAAAUAAAAAUAAAAAACAUAUCGGACAAAUAUGCAAUUACGCGUUUUAGGAAUUAAAGGAUUGGAUGUUCAGUAUAGAAUUUGUCAGUCUUUCUGUUUUGAACAAUACAAAUUAUUACAGAUAUGAAGUCAUUUGGAGUGUACCUACAAAAUCGUAUCCCGAACCACAAGUUACAGUUUUCUUAAAAUUUCGUAUUGCUGUAAAACUUGAUUAUCCAUCACAUUAUCCCGUCAAUGUAAUUUGUAAAAUCAUUUCGCAGGUAACUUACAUCAUCGAAGCACGUAAUAUGAUUAAUCGAUUGGAUACAAAGUUUCAACCUAAAUGGCUUUAUGAUGUAUUAGAUAUGAAAACUAUGAUGUUCAAGUCAUUUGAAUUUUAAACAACACAAGACAUUUUUUUAUUCUUUUUAUAUCAAACCUAAUUAUAAAUAUAUAUAUAGAAAGAAUGAUGUUUAAAACUAUACAGAGACAUGUGCAAUCAAACAAGGGACAAAAAUUUGUACAUUUGCAUUUUCAAAGUGUAUUAAAGCGUAGCAUGCAAAGUGUCGUAAAAGUAAGAGUGUCAGAUUUCUCUAGGAACCGGCGCGACGAGAGCACGCGCCCGGCUAAACUCGGUUGCAAGAACACCGGACGCCGGUUCACUUUGGUCGGUCAAACAAUAGGAGCAGGUGAUACCCCAAGAAGAGAAAGAGAGAUGGUAGUAUACCUUCUUUUACUACUACAACUACUACUUUACUCUCUUUCAAUUACGUUUACCACGCUCUCUCGUAUUAACCCAUUAGUGCCGAGUCGUUUCCACGAUUCAUUUACGCGAACUCAACUUCAAAACAUAUAUUUUUUAAUAACCUCCACCCCCACACACUAUAUUCUUUUUUAAUUUUUAUUAUUAAAACGUUUCUUCUUAUCAUUAGGGUGAAUCAAAAGUACCUGUUUAGUUGUAUUAUUAUUUUAUUGAUUAAUAUUGAGUUGGCAAGAAAGUAAUUUCAGUUUUCUAGUAUGAAAUAAAACUCAAUUGUUUCUAAACUAACAGUUGUAGACACAAUUACACGGGAUUUGUUUCUAUAGCAACCUAAAAGUGUCAACUACCAAACCUCAAAAGACAACAAUUCUAACAUUAACGAAACAAACAUAACUUUAUCUAUUGGUGCAACCCAACAUUACUUUCUUGCCAAUCCAAUAUUUGCAAUGUAAAUCUUACAAUGAUAAAAUAAUCAACGUUAUGCAGAGUUUGGUUAAAAGUGAACUUUUUGGGUUCACUCUAAUUGGUUUUUUGUUUUUUUAUAAAAAGAAGAAGUUCUUUUUUGAGUAUUAAAUAGGAUAUUCUUUGGUGAACGUCUCCCACGAAGACGAAGAUAGGCCCAUUCGUUGACUAGAAAGAAUACAUCUAUGUUGAAAUUCAUUACUUAGGUAUUUUAUUUUUUUAUCUACACGUUGUAACAUGUAUACACAUCGAUGAGGGAGGUGCAAUCCGUGCGUUGGUCUCUUUCUAUUUUUUUUUUCUUCUCACUUCGGUUUUGGUAAUAGAAAUACAACGACGAUGACAACGAAGAAACCCAUGGAGGAUACAAUUCGAAAAUCUUCAAGGGAUUUUAACUGACUUUCGAAUACACAUGGUGGUCGAAAGCAACUGUGGGGAGGUCUUUCUAAUCUCAGCAGGAGCCCCACAGAAUCGCUAACCACGUGUCAAGUACGUUCAAAUCAAAGUAUAUCAUUUUAUUAUGGUAUUUUUUUUUAAUAGUCACAACUUCAUUGUAUCAAAAAGUUAAAAACACGUGUUGAAUUACACACACCUAUUAAUAUUACAUUCUUAGAUGUAUAUUCUGUUUCAUUUUAGGGACUAUCAUCUUUCACCUUACAUUUACGUUUGUAUUUUCAAAGUUUUGACAAGAAAUUCCGUAUUUUCUAUGCUUUUCUUAGAAAGACGGGGGAGGGGGCUAAGGUUUAGGUAGCAGCAGGUUGUAGUUUCAGGUCAAAGAAAAGAGAAGAUCCGUUUGAUGUGUAAUUUGAGAAGAAUGAGAAGAAGAAGAAAAAUAGGUCCACUGUGAAAUUCAACUCAUUCAAAUAAGCACGCAUGUUUUUCCUUGGUUUCAUUGAAAAACAAAAACAACAAACCCUAUUUUAAUGUUUUACACGAUUCUCUUUCUUCUUUUGGUAUUCCAUAUUUCACAUAAAUCUCAUGCAAAUAAAGAUGAAGGAAAUGAAAGGAAAACAGGAACAUCCUGUGUGUGUGUGUGUGUCCCUUUUGUAAAUAAUCAAUCAUGGAAUGUGGGUCAAAGAGGAAUUUCAAUCAGUAAGCAGUAGCAACCACCACCAUUACAACACACUACCCAACAACCAUAUCAUAACCACACAACCAUUACGAUAACAACCACCAUCGUUUGUCUAUAUUUAUACGGGAGGGAAUUUUUUUGUACCGGCCAUGUCCUAAACAUCACAUCCGCUUAGGUGCUUCCUUCCUUCUUCUUCUUUUUUUUCUUAUUCUCUGUAAUUCUGUGUGCUUGGUUCGAACGAAGAAAAGCUAAAAGUUAAAUACCGGUAAAAGAACCACUAACCCAACGUUUCAUUCUCAUUCUCUUUCUUCUUCUUCUUCUUCUCAAUUUCAGCAGCUUCAAACAUCCGUUGCACCAGCCGUUGUCAGAUCUCUUACCCUCUCUUCAUCAUUUUAUCUUCUCAACCCUUUUAUUAUACUUCUAACCUAUCUACAACUUCUUAAUUUAGUUAUAGUUAUAACAAAUCCUAUAACAUUUGUUAUUUGUGAUGUAAAAUUGUUUAAAUUAAUUUUAUUACAAUAUUAAUUUGUAAAAUACAAUGUUUCCCGCCAAACUACUCGAAUUAGUUUAACUACUGUCCAUUAUUAUAGUUCAUCUAUAAAAGAAAUGACACAUUAGGAACACGUGGGGUAGCAAAAAAAAAAAAGGCAAAGGUGUAAAAAAGGAAGAGAUGGAUAUGUGUCCGAUUCCGUCAUUCGUGAACAACACGGUGCGACACGUUUUCAACUUACUUUGAGACACCAGGACCCACGUGCAAGAUUCUAUGAACCAACUCGAAUCACACCAGCUGCCGAUUCUCAUCGUUGCUGACUCCUGGAGCAGCCCUGGAGUCUCGAUCUAAAAUUAGCGAAACCAAGCACCCCCGCCUAGCCCUUACAUGGUCACGUAUAACAUCGUAAUAGUAUUAGUAAUAGUAGGUAUACAGCAACAACUCGGUUACUUUCAAAGAAGAAACCAACAACCAAGAAGAAGAAAAAAAAGAUGAAACAAUAAUAAUCGUUGCUUUAGCACGAGGCACGCGAGUAAAUCGUGUGCGAUAUAUUCCACAGCUGUUGUUUCAAGGGAGGCCCUUUUCCCCCACCCACACUCAUCUCGUGUGUGUUUGCUUCGAUAAAGAUCUACGACGAUGACGAGAACGACAAAAAAAGUUGAACGACUGAAAGAGUUCAUUUGCAUUUUUUUAAUCGUUUGAAGAUAUAAACAUUUCAAUAAAAUAUCUGAUAGUUUAUUAGAAUAUUGAUUCUACAAACGAAUGAGAUUUGUCAUCAGUGAGAUGAAUCGAAAGUUCCUCUCUGUGUGCGAGUUCUUUUUAGUAUUAAUAAAAACAAUCCAUUGUGCAUAGUUUCACAUAGUUUCAAAGUUUUAAAUCAUAACCUCAAUAAACGCACGAACUUUUGAUUCACUCAUGAAAGUCUCUUGUUUUUUUUUUCUUUUUUUUUGAUGUUGAUAAAAGUUAAAGGGAAGAAACAUCCGCAGUUUUAACCACAUGGCUUCUCAAUGAAAUAACGCGACCAAGCAUUGAAAAAGAUCACGUUGAUCAUCAGAAUACUGUGUCCCUUUUUUACAGGAUGUUUUUUUUUAUUAUCUUGCAAAAAAUGUUAAUUAGAAAUUCGUUAGAAAAUAAUUCGUAAAUGAACUUGUCAUAACUAGUUUGACCAAACAUUGAACAUGUUAGAAAUAGUAAAAAUUUAGGUAUAUAUAUAUCAUCCUGUUAAAAUCCUUCCUGUAGUUCGUUGCCCUUAAUAUUUAGUGAGUGGGUGGGGGGCUAUAUAGGGCCACGAAAGAAGAAAUCCUUUCGAUCUUCCUACUCCUCCUCGUUGGUACAGGAGAGAAACCUCUACACGUUUCUGAGUACAUCUGCGCCGAGCGGAUGCAGCCUGCAUUUUAUGGGCCGCACCAAUGCAACCGAUUCUCGUUUCUGCACCCGCACUCACACCCCUGCUUGCUACCACCUUCAGCAGCACGCUCCACAACGACUUCUAUAAUUAGAUUUCCUUUUCUUCCCUUCACAGAGUUAGGACACCUUCGAACUUCACGUACAAGUACCAAGUACAAGUACAAAUCUUUCAUUGCGUUAUGAAUCCUACGAAUCUUUCAAUUUGAUACCAUUUGUUUCUUCGUUAUGACAGUGAAUUAUAAUUUGUAUAUCACGUGAUAUAAAGUAAACAGUUUGUUAGGUUAGGUUAAUUGUCAGGUAAUUACCCUGACACUUGAUUAGAUGAUUAUUUUCUAAAAGAUUCUUUACUUUGAAUUAGAAGUUAAGGUUAUGUUGUUACUAAAUAAACAAACUUACUUUACGCCGAUUUUCAUUUGUCAAUUUUAAGUCACGUACAGCACCAUCUUUUUUAAAAUGGCGGAUAGGUAUCAAUGAUUAUUACAGUAAAGUAACAAUAAAUAGAUGAUUAAUCUUAUAAUUUAUUAUUGUCACAUAUGAAAUAAAUGUUAA